GGGGCUGGGCCAGGGGGAAAAGGAAGAGGGACGCAGACCCAGAUGGAGCGGGCAUGUUAGUAAUAACUCUGGGUGAUAAACCAUGCUUGUGGCAGAAAACUGAAGCCUGCCCCCCCCCAAGUUCUCUCUCCUGGGGCACAUGUGGAGUGAUGAAUUGGGGGAAAUGCUUUAAUCUCUCAUGUGUGGAAGUCCCAGCACAAACCAGGCUUUUGCUUCCCCUCUCUGGGGCCCUUUCUGAGAAACAAAGCUUGGGGGUGCUGACCUCUGGCCUCUGAGCUCUUGUCCUAAGAGUGGCUGUUCAGGGCACCGCCUCUAAGGUGACCUCUCUGAGCCUGGGCCUGCUGACUCAGAGCCAGCCCUGAGCUGGGCAGGACCCUAGAGAUCCUCCCAGAGCCUGUCCCAUGAGCGCUCAGCGGCUACACCUGCUCCAGAGACAUCUCUGCCCCACAGAGAGCCAAGACAUGGAGGUGGUGAACAGCCCACUGACCACACAUGUAUUGGACACUGCCUCUGGCCUGCCAGCCCGGGGCCUCUGCCUUCGCCUCUUCAGGCUAGAAGACUGUGACCAACGAUGGACUGAGCUGAGGAAAAGCUAUACCAACACUGACGGCCGCUGCCCAGGGCUUCUAACUCCUGAACAAAUGAAAGCCGGCACCUACAAGCUGUUCUUUGACACGGAAGGUUACUGGAAAAAGAUGGGACAAACCAGUUUCUACCCAUAUGUGGAGGUCGUUUUCACCAUCACAAACGAGGCCCAAAAGUUCCACGUGCCCCUGCUGUUGAGUCCAUUCUCCUACACCACCUACAGAGGAAGCUAGACAGCCAAGAACCAGAAAGACAAGUGAGCUGGCCCAACCGCCCCACCUCACUGCCAGCCUGCCAGCCCCCCAGCCCUUUCUGUCCAGCAUCCUAACUCUCACUUUCUACAAGAGCCACACAGCUCCUUCCCAUCUGGUAGCUCCCCAACAAGCUGUGAUCACGUGGCUGAAAAGAUCAAUAAAUUCUGUGCUGAUGUCUCGGCA